AACAUACGCAAAAUAAAUGCACUUGCAAGUUUGUAGAAAUUGUUUACUGUAGUCGCCAUGGAUUUACUAACACAGGGUGGCGGGCUAUAUCAUAAAUAUAUGAUAACAUACGCUAAAUUUUGUGCUUAGUAAAAUACGAGGCAGUUACUUACAAAAGAAUUACUAAAUGCCAAUUACGUUUCAGGAGUCAGACACGACACUCAUAAACGUUUUGCAAAACGUUUUUUCAUCUUGUAAACGUGCGGUCGACACUUUCUGACCGCAAUCCGACCCGUGCGACUCCGAUCACCUGCGCGACGCCUGUAAACAGCCAUGGACCAAAGUCCGUUGAAUUUGCAGCGAACGGUGUCGACCCGGAAACUCAUUUCCUUGCAAAUAUUGACGUGACUGCACGGCAGAGCAAACGAAGAUGGCGUUAACGUUGUUUAUAUUGAUCGGUGCCCUAGCAGUUACCAUUGCGGUUUAUUGGAAGAAAAUCAAAGAGCAAUUUCGGAAACGGCAACUAAUCAACAAGCUUCCAACCAUUAUGGAAACUGCUUAUCCUCUAGUUGGUCAUAGCUACCUGUUUCCUAAAAGUGCAGAAGAGCUGUUUGUGUUUAUUACUGGAAGGCUAAAUUGGGUUAUGACAGAGGCUGUAGAAAAGAUAGCAGUUUUGUGGCUUGGGCCAAUUCCUCUUAUAGGUGUGGUACACCCAGAAGCUGCAGAGGUGAUUUUACGAAGUUCAAAACACAUAGAAAAGUCAUUUGUGUACACCUUUGUUCACCCAUGGCUUGGGACUGGUUUGCUUACUUCUGGCGGGGAAAAAUGGAAACAAAGAAGAAGACUGAUCACUCCCAGCUUCCAUUUUAACAUCCUACAGGAGUUCUUAGAAGUUAUGAAUGAACAGUCCAAGAAAAUGGUAGACAAGCUGGAUGCCAGUAUAGCAUCUGGGUCUAAAAUUUAUGUUGGAAAAGCAAUAACAAUGUGUGCGCUUGACAUCAUUUGUGAAACAGCAAUGGGACAAACAGUCAACGCACAGGACCAUCAAGAUUCUGAAUAUGUUAAAGCAUUAUACAGAAUAUCUGAUUUGGUCCAGUUUCGCCAGAGGACACCAGCAUUGUGGUGGGACGCUGUGUUUUCAAGAUCAAAGCUCGGCAUAGAGCAUGACACCAUUCUCUGCACACUGCACGGUUUUACAAGAAAUGUGAUAACUGAACGAGCUCAGGGGAAAGGAAAGAAAGAAAUAGAGAACCCACGAAGAUUGGCAUUUCUUGAUGUUCUUUUAAACGCCGAAACAGAAGACGGAAAAAGUCUUUCGCUCAACGAUAUCCAAGAGGAAGUGGAUACUUUUAUGUUUGAAGGUCAUGACACAACUGCUGCUGCUAUGACAUGGACUGUUUAUCUCAUCGGUCGUUAUCCAGAUAUACAAGAAAAACUCCAUGAAGAAAUCGAUUCUGUGUUUCAUGAUGAUAAGGAAGGAGUGAUCAGCAAUUCACAGCUUCAGAAGCUUUCCUACUUGGAAAGAGUCAUUAAGGAGUCAUUGAGGUUAUAUCCAUCUGUUCCAUUUAUUGGCAGAGUGACCACAGAGGAAUGCAUUAUUGCCGACCAUGUCAUCCCUGUUGGCACACAAGUGGCUUUGUUCAUUGAAAGCAUGCACCGCAAUCCUGCUGUGUGGCCAGAUGCAGAAAAAUUUGAUCCGGAUCGCUUUACAGCUGAAAAUUGUGUCGGUCGUCACCCUUAUGCUUACAUUCCGUUCUCUGCAGGCCCUCGCAACUGUGUUGGGCAAAAGUUUGCAAUGAUGGAGGAAAAAGUUAUCUUGGCCCAGAUCUUACGGAGGUUCUCCUUGGUUUCUCAUGACAAGGAAGAGGACCUCAAGAAGCAAGCGGAUCUCAUCCUUCGAUCUUCAAAACCUCUGAACAUCACUUUAACACCACGGGUUUAAAUCAUUAUUUUUCUUCAAUUAUAAAUCACCAUGUAAUUUAUGUGCUUUGUCAUUUAUGCGGUUACAAUGUCCUAGUUUUAAUUCAAUUUUAACACUUCACUAAACCAAUCACUGUAUAGUUUCUAAUAUGUACAUUUCUUCAAUAAAAAUAAUUAGACCCCCUUG